ACGGCCGCCUCGCGGAUUCUCAUCGCACGGCAGGGGGUAGCGGGAGCCACCACGGGGGCGGGGGUGGGCUUGCCCCUGCUUCUUCUCGUUGUUGCUCUUCUUGACGAUCUCACGCACGCGACGACGGCCGCGCCGGUGGUACUCGAAUCAUUGAAUAGCGUCGAAUACCCAGCCGACGUUACUACGCUCGUUUACCUGCCAUCGCGAUCGUACGAUUAUCCGUUCGCGCCGCGCCCGUUCCGGAGGGCGAUUAAGCGCGCGUCCAGUCCUAACGACGUCGGUGCCGAAGGUCACGCGAAUCAGGGAACUCUGGAUCAUCUUACAUUGGCGACGCGCCUUUCACCUUCGUCCGCGCCGCCCUUGACGUCACCCCUGUCAUUAACGUCGCCGUUAUUGUUGACACCGCCGCUGUCGUCGUCGUUGUCGCCUCCGACGUUAUCGAGUCCGUCGCCGUCUUUAACGCCGUUGAAUACCGUCGUCGUCGUCGUCAGACAUCGAGAUAUUUCCGUUCUAACGACGCCGAGUCAUGACAACGAGAACGAAGGGAUCGCAGCGCGACGAGGAAGAGCGAAGCGAGCAUCGAUAAGCAAGAGAUCGAAGCUGAAAGAUCAACCCUCCCCGAACUUCAUCGACCCUUGGCCGCUGGAGGCAUGGCGACGUGUUAACGAACACCCUCCGCAAUCUCGCAAAGUGGAACCCGUCCCGUCAAUCGAUGAAGGGAUUCGCCCUGCAGUCCAGACUUUCACUCCGCUGUUAGAACCUGUCUUCAAGUUUGGGGAAUCGAUAUUGCGUCCGGAGAGCUCCCUGCGAGAUAUCCUACUUCACGAAAGUGCUUCGAAGACAACGGCGACGACGACGACGGCGGUGGUGGCGACGGCGGGAACGAUCGCGCGGAACAUCGCGUACCUCGGUGUGACUCAACGAGCCGGAAGCAUCGUGCCCGAGAAAAAUGAUGUCGACAGAGUGACCGAAGACCGAGUGGAAGGUGAUAAGAGCGGUAAGAAGUUGGUGCUCGUGGGAAACGAGAAUAAUGGUGCGGUCGUAGGUGGUGGUGGUAGUAGUGUCAUCGAGUGGACCACGACAACAGUCGCCGGGCCGAUGUCAUCGUCGCGGUCGGCGUUCUCCGGAGACGAUGUGCAGGUGGCCGAGCGUGUAAGGGUGCGCGCGAGUUCCGAGCGAAGCUCAUCGAAGGGCGAGGAAGACGACGAGGAGCAGAUUAAGGUCACCAUCGCGCGCGACAACGAAGAUUCGUUUACAUCGUCGACGUCGACGACGACGACGACGACGACGACGACGCAGCAUCCACCACUGACUCAAGACACCUCUAUGGAAGCACUGGGUGCGAGCGGCUACAUCGUCUCGGCGGCGCUCGUGCUGAUAGUCGGAGCACUGGUGGGUGUCCUGGCGACGAUAUCGCGUCAUCUUCAUCAUCGUCGGCUGUUGGUGCAUGAGCCGGUUCCUCCCGGCUCUGCCUCCUCCGCUUCUGCCUCGAUUCUUCACCACCAUCAUCGGCAUCAUCAUCAUCGUCACCGUCAUCGUCGUGAGGAGCCACCGCCGCCGCCGUUACAGCGCUGUCUUCUACUGCAGGAUCAUUAUCGUUAUCCUGAUACACCCAUGCUGUCGGUGAGCCAAGGAAUGGAGGUCGGCAGCAGCGGACGCGGUGCAUCGGCGGAAGAUGACCCGACCGCCGGUGCGGUCGGCGGUGGAGUCGGUGGCGGCGGCGGUGGCGAUGGCGACGAGGCCAGGAGGCGUCGAGAUAUGCAGGCGGUGAUGAUCGCCGCGGCGAGGGAUCGCGCGAUCCGCGCGGAGAGCGUCCGGCAUGAUCUCGCCCUCAACCUGCCGCCGCGGCUCGAGCUCCCGGACGGGGAGGAGCAUCCGUACGGGGCGCACCCGGAUCUUCACCUCCGUAACCCGGAACAGGAGAGCGAGAUUUAUCAGAAGUGCGUGCGGGCGCCGCCGAAUCGCACGGUGUUCGAUAGCGAGAGUCCGCCGCCUUAUCGGACGCCAAGUAGCAGCCAGCACCUUCACCCGGGGCUGCUCGACAUGCCCGGCGAUCGGGUGACGCGGAGUCAGAGCCCCAGCAGCAGCAACUUGUUGUUGAACACCGCGCGCUCGAUGUUCAAGAUGUUCCCGAGCCAUACGACGCCAUCGUCGACGUCGAUGCCGGUCAACAAACCGCCCUUUUCUAGUUAUUCCGAGUCCAGUAGUAACGUGAGCAGUAAUCUGAGCAGUAGCAAUCUGUCCAACAUCACCGUGGUGCCCUGCGAAACCGACGAAAGCCGGCAAGAGCAGCAGCAGCAGCAACAGCAGCAGCAACAGCAACAGCAACAACAGCAACAUCAACCCCAGCAGCAGCAGCAAUUCCAUCAGAAGGUUUGAUCCGCGGCGUCCUCCUUCCUUGACGCCGUUGUCGUCAUUGUCGCAGCUGCAUCGUCCGACUUCGAAAACGAACGACGGUUCUCAAGAUCGUUCUGCGCGACUGCAACGACAACGACGAUGCCCUUCAAGACUGACUCACGGGAGAAGCUUCAACAUAGGAUAAAUUCCAUCGGUCGUGUUCCAUCGUGUUCAACAACGUGUAUCGCAUACGCGCGAGAAAAUGUAAUAUCGUCCCGGCUGGUGGUAUCCUCGUUGGAUCGUUCUUCUGGUGUUCUUCUAUAAUGAAAGAAAGAGAGAGAGAGAAAGAGAGAGAGAAAGGGUCGUCCGUUCGUGGCCUAAAGGAGGGCCGGCGGAAGUGUAAAGAAGCCGGCUCCUGGUAGUGACUGAAAAAGUUAAAAUCAGUCAUCAAAGACUGCGCUCAAUCGUCGUGCGUUGGUUCGCGCCUGUCCUCUUUUUGUUUUAUCCUUCGACCGGGAGAAUCGAUGCGCCGUCGCCGCCGCCGUUAUUGACGCGUCUCAUUGUGCAAUUCCACACGCGGCCAGUGUCUAGCCUAGAUCUCAGAUUAUUUCAAAAGCGGUGGCAUGAGGAUUACGGCGUCGGGCGUGAAGAGGAUGGGAAGCAGCGCAGAAAUGGACGGGUCGAAAGCCCGGCGCGUGGAAAACGGCGUUACCAACGCGCGACGCAAAGCGGCGAUGGCCUACCCUGGAACGAGGGGCUCUCCCUGUCCGGGAAUUAGACGGCGAGAAGCUUCACUUCGAGGAGAAACGGGGUGCGAGGUUCGCGACUCGCGCGACACCGAUUCGGCGACGAAGCGGAUUCCCGCCGGUCACCCUCUUCCAGCUCUCGAUCGGAGGCUCUGAUCGUCGGACAUCGCGGAAGUUUGUUCAUCGCGACGAAGACUUAGUAAAUUAUUUAUUGUCGAUAUAACAUUUUAUUCGCGACGGGCGGCUGCUGCGCGACGGCCGGACGGGGCAAGUGUGGUUUCACGCGAUGGUGGUUGUGGAGGAAAAAGGAGAGAAGAAAAAAAACGGACGAACGGGACACGAGUUGAGUAUGAGCGAAUUCGUUCGGUUGCGUGAGUGCGAGACCAGGCGUGCGUACGAGUAAAUGCAAGCGCGCGUGUGUGUGGAACGAGUAGAACGAAAGACGCGCAAGAGGCGCGGCUAAUUGCAAGGUCGAGAGGAAAAAAAGGAAGAAAAAAUAAAAAAGACAGAGAAAGAGCCGGGACCCGCGCGCGCUCGCGCUCGCGCGUGUUUGUGUAUGCGUGUGAGAAGUUGUGUAGGGGGAUAAUGUAGUGCCAAGAGUGAAAACGGGGACUCUGUACAUAUUAGGCUAGGUAGUUCAAUAUCAAUAUACUUAUUACGACUAAAAAAAAAACGAUAUGCUACAUACCGAUUUAAAAGUAAAACAUCAAACAUACGUUACAAACACGCAUACCAUUAAAAACACGAGAUGGCCGGCCGUACGAAACUAUAAUGGGACGCGCACGCACACACCUCCGACAAAUGUAUAUUCUUCUGGCAAAGUCAAAGUCGAUUAUGUUCUACCUCGAAUGCUAUGUGUACUUGAAGCAAUCAACAACGUCGAGAAUCUUUUCCGGCAUAGAGAUUAGAUAUAAUUAUAAGGGAAAUUCGUCGAUCUCUUGUUUAUUUUAAAGAUUAUGUGUUCGUGAUCAUUACAUGUUUGAUCAUAAUCAUAACUAGCAAAUCGAUGUACUGAUAAUUUAUUUGAAAAAGUUAAAAAGGAGAGUUAUAUAGAACGGAUGGUCAUCUGUUAUCGCGUUACAUUGAUGCGUAAUUUCUAGAAUAAAGUAAGAGUUUCGAAAUUUCUUGCAACUCAAAUAGCUGGAAUGGAAAAGAUUAAUUCCUCCAAUCAGCAUUGCGUUAACUACCGUAUAUGUUCUUUCUCUUUAGAUUAGAAUUAUAUAUUAUAAUAUACACAGGGAGGAAAUAUAAAUACGAUUGCUUGGCACGGUUACAUCGAUAUUUCUGGUUAAACUAACUCUUGUUGUUAGCAAUUGCCUAUCUACUAAGUUAUUCGAGUGUAAAUAUAACAAAAAGAGAGAAAGAAAAUUUAGUUCAUCAACAUAUUGAGUUAAAUCCAAUCGACGUUAAUAUAACCGGUUAAUUAACGAUCGACCGUAGUGCAUUCGUGCAUCGAGGAAGAAUCGAAUGAUCGUUAUUUGUUCGAUAAACAUUUGUUUUGCAGACAGAGUACGUUUGUAAUGGCGGCGUGCAUACAAGAAUAUAUUUGCAAUGCAAAUCUAUGAGAAUGCGCAUCCCUUUCGCGUUCCGAAUGGCUCGCCCUGUGUCCGACAUAACGCUAUCUUUAUUAUUAUUCAAAUAGAUAAGGCCUCAGUUUUGACAAAAUAGGACGAGUUCUGUUCGAACGAGGAUUCGAGUUUGAUGACGCGUUUUGUAGUUUAACAAAUAACCACAUUUCAUAUAUAUUUAUAUAUAAUUAUAUAUAAUUUAUUCUCAAAAAUUGAUGAUAAAUCUUAAACUUCAAAGACAUAGAUAUAUUAUAUAUCAUCAAUGGUUGAUUACAUGGUUUAAUAAAUCAUUAAACGUAAUUCUUAUCAGGAUUUCUUACUUUUAAAAUACUUCUAGUACUGUCUCUCGUAAAAUAUAGAUGUUUAAUUAAAUUUUCAAGACUUAUAAAAUCAGCUAGGUCGGCUUGUACGGAAAUGCCUUGUCAACUUUGAAUCUCAGUUUCGAAACAGAGCGAAUCACUCGAUUUAUUUCAUGAGAAGUCACCAAUUAUUAUUGUAUUUCUUAAGGGUCCGCGACGCAGGGAGAAAUUGCAAUGAAAUUAUACCGAUACGUUUCCCUUUGUGAUUACGGAUCGUGCGUGGCGUACGAGGAAUGCGCGAGACAGGAGGGAAGGUGGCACGCGUAGAGCGGAAUAAUCUCUCGUGUGCACUCUUUGUUGGCGUUAAUUUCGCGAGCUUCCGCUUCGUUUCCGAGGAGAUGCCUUGGUUGGCGCCCUACGAUAUCCGUUCGGAAUUCUGUUAAGUGCACGAAAUUUUCUCAUUUAUAUCACCGCCCGUGCGUAUCCGCGACGCCGAUUUCGUCAAAUCGCUCGACACAAGAUUCAGCAUUCGACGUGCGUGAAAGUGUAAUAUCCUGACGACGAGGUCCUAAUCAUCGUUAACAAAUUCUUCCUGAGAAAGAGGAAAAUUGUAAAUUUCAAUCUUCGUGAAAGUGUCCGGGCAAUUACGCCCGCACGGCGACACAUUGUUUCGUUUCAUGUUCAUUAAGUCGCUGUGUGGCGAGUCGAGGGAAAAAAAAUAUCGUCUUUCUGUUUCACCUUUGAGAUGUGUUCACGCGCAUGCAAUAUUAGGCGACGAGGUUUAAUUGUAUUGUACGUAAAUUACAAUUAGCGCGUGUGCGGAGCGAAGCGAUCAAAGAGGAAUAUAUUGGCAAAGAUGUUUCUUUUUUUUUCUUUUCGAAUUCUCACUUCUGUAUUGCCCUUCUCCAUUCGUCUUUCAUCGUCCGUUGAUCACAAUCUCGUUGUCUCGCGCACGCAUUCACUUUUUUCUGCAGUGGGAAAAAUAAACCGUACGUAUAUGUGUACUCUCGGGAGACAGAUAGAUUGUGACGAGCGUAUUAUAGAAGACGAAACGCGGAGGAGAGCGGAGCACAGAAGGGAGUUCGAGAAAAAAAAACGUUGUAUAAUUCGAAGGGUCCUGUGCAAGUUUUGGUUAAAUUUGCGACGUCGUCGACUUAGAUUGAAUUUAAAACACGACGACGCGAGCGCGAGAUAUUUUAGACGAUAAGUUCUAGGCGAAGUGAAAUUUUUAGCAAGCUAUUGUCGAUUACUAUUAUCGCUAUCAGACAUCGUGAUAUAUCUAGCAAUUUGUUAAUUGGGAUUUGAUGAGAGGUGCGAGAUGUAUGAGUAUAAUCGUGGCCUUUCGACACGAGAGAGAGAUAGAGAGAGAGAGAGAGAAAGAGAGAGAGAGAGAGAAAAAAAAGAGAGUAAUGAAAGCGAUCCUGGAUGAAAUAUCCUUUUGCCCAUCCGAAUUCACGGUUCAAUCUUCGAGAUUGCUAUUUUAAGUUAUUUAAAAGCCAAAAUAACAUAUUUUUUAUACAAACUAAUUGUUUAGCAAACCGCUCGGCUCACAAAAUUAUCAACAAAACGCUUUAAGCGUUCGAAAGAAAAGAAAUAGAAGUAUUUAAUUAAUAUAUACAGUUUAAAUCAUCGUGUUAUCGAACUGAGCGAAUUUCGUAAAUAACUCUUAUCGAAUGCCGCACUUCGCGCAAAUAAAAUUCCAUUCUCAGCAAUCUCAUCGUAACGCGAGGCUGGCUUGAUCGUGACACCGUCCGCGAUUGUCGCAGUGCGUCAGCAGACCCGCGGCGAAUCGAAACCGUAAUGUUUCAAAGUCCAUUGCAAAAUACAAGCAAAGAAGCAAUAAGAUAAUGGAAAUGUGUCGGAAGCGGAGACUAACGGUCAAUUGGAGCUGCAAGUUCGACAGUAAAAGAACAAAAUUGAAGAUACAGCCAGUCUUUUACUUUUAACAAUUUAGAAAAAAUGUGUCAUAAGUAAUAGUUAAUGAAAUUAGAUUCUUUUUUUUUCCUCGACUUCGAAAACUGUUUUUCUUAAUGUGUUCUUAAUCGCCAAAAGUUUUCGCUUCGCAUUUCUAAUUGAUUUUUCGUCAUUACGACGGGCUUUCGGAAUUAACGGCGAGACGAUCGAUCUGCCGAAUGAUCUGCAGCUCUCGCGCACGGUUAAAAUCAAAGGUGCGAGAUCAAGCCGGCUGCUGCCAAUUAAUCUAGUCACGUUGAGCCGUGCGUCCGGGUCAGGGAACAAUCGCGGCCGCCGAUUUCACCGAUUCCACCGAUUCGGAUAACACAGCCGAUACUAUUGUCCUUGUCGGCGAAUUAUAGCGGCGGAAAGGAUAAGAUACUCUCUCUCUUAGGCGCAAUGUGAUUUCCCAAGGUGUUCCAAAAUAACUCGCGUCCUCCCUCCGGCGAAAUUGUGACGCGGAGCGGAGCGGUUGCAAGGCAAGGGGUCAAAAGCGGUGUCCCCCCUUUUUUAAAAGCUUUCGUUUCUAAGCUGUAAUUAUAAUUGUACUGUUGAUAAGAUCGGUAUGUCUAGUCCCUCGCGGUGGAAGGGAGGUCGAGAGAGAGAUUCGCCAUUGUCCCUCUCGCGAAAUCCACCCUAUAAGUCUUUCGACCAAUCGAUCCUAAUUUUUUUUUCCUUUAUCUCUUCCUUCCCUCGAGUCACCCCUGGCAUGGGUCUGUCUGAUCAAUUCGAUUCGCGACUUUGCAUCCAAUUAAUUUCAUAUGAAUUGAAUCGUUUCGUCACCCCCAGUUUUCUUGGUUCUCUAAUGAGUUUUAAUUAAUCGAAGAAAAAUUGCGUUUCGUGUUGUACGACACUGAGGAUCAAAGAAUUCCGGAAGCAUUGACGGGUGCAAAAUUGCGAGUCGAAUUAAACGAAUGAAAUCACCCUAGGAAUGUCUCGCCGUUGUUCGUAGGUACGUUGCGUCCUGCAGUCAGCCCUCCUACUGUUGCGUGCUAAUAAGGGAAGCUCGUAACAUAAGACUCUUUCUUACAAACGUUUUACGUUCACAAAAAAAAAACGGAAGAAAUCGGUGAGUCAUAUAUCACGAGCUCUCAUCUUAUCAGUGCAAAAGUGUUAUCCGAGAAAGAGAGAAAGACAGAGAGAGAGAGAGAGAGAGAGAGAGAGAGAGAGAGAGAAGUGCGUUGCAGAGGAGCGUGACAAAGGCAGAAAUCACUGAACUUUGUACAUAUUGGAAAAUGUGCUUUCCCAUAUAGUUCUUACAUAAAAGUCAGUC